UGGGUCGGUAUAUAUUUAUAGCUAAGAGAAAUUAUGUUGUGGCACCAUUCGGCGCUAAGUCUCUUAAUGAAAGUGCUUGGAAAUCUCUUUGCAGUUCAUUCACAAACGGAUUAUUAUGCAGUCAAGAAGGCAUAGCACCGCUUAUUAAGUUCAAGUGAAGAGAUUUGAAAAGUUCAUUUACGGAGAACUAUCAAAAAAUAUAGAGGAUGAGUGCUGACUCCACCACAGUGAAACUGGAGCCUAUGUCUAAUGGCAUGGUGUCCAUUGCAGACUAUUCUUCUAAUGGAAUGGUGAAUGGAGCUGUAUUCUCUAGUGAUCAAAGUGAUACCUCCUCGCCUGAUGAUCGCACCAUAGUGGUCUCCUCUCCUAGCCAGCUGGCGCUAGCGUCAAGCACAAUGUCUCCAGAUCAAGAAAAUGGGGAUGUAAAGAAGACAUGUUUAGUUUGUGGAGAUGUUGCAUCGGGGUAUCAUUAUGGUGUAGCAUCAUGUGAAGCAUGUAAAGCAUUUUUUAAGCGGACCAUUCAAGGUAACAUUGAGUACACCUGCCCAGCCAAUGCCAACUGUGAAAUCAACAAACGCAGGAGGAAAGCGUGCCAGGCGUGUCGUUUCAAAAAAUGCCUGCUGAUGGGCAUGCUAAAAGAAGGUGUGCGGUUAGAUAGGGUGCGAGGUGGUCGACAGAAAUACCACCUGAACAAACGACCUCCGGACUCAACUUAUACUCAUGUUGUCAUUGCCAAAAGGUCACAUCCAUGUAUAGAUGGACUAUAUAUAUCAGAGAAUGAAUUGGUUACAUCCCUACUGGAGGCAGAACCAGAAAGACUUCAAGCUCAACCAGAUCUUGACUUGCCAAUAAGUGAAAUCAAGCUGAUGGCAACGCUAUCAGAUCUUGCUGACAGGGAACUGGUAUCAACAAUUGGAUGGGCUAAACAGGUUCCAGGUUUUUUCNCACCACUAUCACUGUCGGAUCAAAUGAAUCUACUACAAUGGUCUUGGAUUGAGAUUCUCAACCUUAGCUCUUGCUUUCGCUCUUGUCCAUAUUCAUAUAGCUUUGUGUUUGCGGAGGACUUCUCUCUCACAGAGGAAGAUGUCGUGAACUGUAAUGGCCCAGUGACUUUAGACAAAUACUGUCGCAAACUUGCUCAAAGACUGACAAAUCUCAGAGUCACAAAGGAGGAAUAUGUACUUUUAAAGGCACUAGUGUUAUUUAAUGUUGAUGCAAAUAUUGAAGAUGUAAGUUCAGUAGAAGAAUGGCGGAACAAGUACCAUGAUGCUCUGCUUCAGUACAGUAAGACUUACCACCCUGGGGAUCCAAGGAGAGUUGGGAACCUCCUCCUAUGUUUGCCACUCCUCAGCCAGAUAAAGUACUACGGCAAGCAGUACUGGUGGAGUGUUAAAAAAGAUGGCAGAGUUCCUCUUCACAAACUCUUUCUAGAAAUGCUGGAUGCUGAGUAGAUGCGUGGUUACCAGGGUAACCUUCACUGCUGUUGUUAUAACUGUUACAAUUAUUGUGAUUAAAUUUUUCUUCAUUUUCAUUGAAUACAUAGGCAGAUUAGUAUAUAUAUAUAUAUAUAUGGGAAUGCAUGGUUGCAAUGCAGUGCUUUGGGAUUGUAUUAAAACAGAUAUAUCGAUAUAAAUGGUAAUAGAUAUGUACUUAACAGAAAACUUUGGAAGCAACAGUCCAGGUUAUAUUGUUUUGCCAGGAAUAGGACCAUGGAGACUGGACUACAGAAAACUACAGUGGAGACAUCUAUGGUGCUGUGUGGGAUUUAUACAUUUCAUAUGGCGCUAAAAGUGUGAAGAGCAGAAGAAAAACUUUUUAUAGAGAUGAUUCAUUAUAGCUAUCAUGUUUUAUUAGCAUGUUAUAUAUAAUAUAUAAUCUCUGUGUGUAUGUGUGGCAAUGAUGUCUGUGGUACUAGUAGCUCUUUAAGAAUAGAGCGAUAUGUGUCUCUCAGUGGAAGAUACAACAACUGGUGCCAUAAAAAAAGAUAAAUCUAACUAGGCAGCAAAUGUAUUUUACACUUACAAAUUUAAAGAAAAACUGUAUCUGUGUUUAGAGAAUGUGAGGACCUAAUGUAACUAUAAAAAAGAUUGUCCAUGCACCUAGUAAGUUUUGAUAGGUCUUUCAUUUUGUUAAAAGUAGUCAUAGUACAUUUUCAUGUGCUGCUAUAACUGUAUUACAUCCACAACCAUAGUAAACCCUGUCAGUGUCAUUAGUCUUAUAUUUCAAGUAUGUUUAGUAAUAUCACGUAUAUAUAGCAUCAUAUAAACAUUCUUUAGUGAAACUGUAUGCUGGUAUGGAGGAUGCUGCCUUGAAUGUUUCCAAACUGGAUUUGGACAGACUAAUUGUAGACUUUGGCUUGAAUGAUGUCUUUUUGUUGGGUGCAAUUUACGUAAAAACAUAUUGCAAUCAGCUUGAUGUAUUAGCAGGACUGUGCAGAUAAACAAAAUGAAUAACAUACAUCAUAGUACAUUACAUUAAUGAUGUUAUAGAAGUCUACAUGUUAGCAGUGAGAUAUGGUUUUACACUUUUCACUUUAUCGUGGCAACAUGCAGGGGGGAUUUAUCAUGAUACCAUUAGGUAAACAUUACAUCGUGUCACCAGGACACUUUGAUGUUUAUGUCAAAUAUUUCAAAGAACUGAUGAAUAUUUUCUGGCACUGAUAGAUGAUUCUACAGUAUAUUUUUUGAUGUAUCAGAUGUUUACAUAACAUCAGGAAUCUAUCACCUCUUGAAAUGGAUUCUUGAUCAUGCACAUAGCCCGUGUUGAUGUUGUGGUAUUAAUAGUUGUGGUACUUGGUAGUACUGUGGUAAUAUGAUGCUCUUCUAUGAGCCCACGCUACCAUGGUAACAUAUACUGCACCAGUUUGGUUCCAUCUGUGCAGAUGGUACCUCAGCUUGGCACCAUGGUACAUAUGUGUUAUGGUAUAUGUGGAUUAUACCUGCCAUCUUGGUAUUUUAGAGGGCUAUACGUACACAUGAGCUUGUGUUAGAGAUUGGGAUACUUUACCUGUGCUUUUUGUCAUAUUUACUUUGAGCACCAUAUUUGUAUUACUUUUAAGUGUAUGUGGAUUUGGUAGAAAUGGUGGCACAUCAUACAGUGGUACUAUGGCAGCACAGGUUAAAUAAAUAUGUUAAUUUUAUGGUAUCAUAGACCCAUGGGUCAUGGUCUGAUGUUUUGGUGGGAAAGCACAAACAGUUAUGUCCAUUAGGUUAUGGUUGAGCCAGGACGACACCGAGUACUGCCAGAGCACAGAAAACAUUUCUCUAUUAUUUUCUCUGUUAUGAUACUCGGCACCAACAAAGUUUAAUAGAUUUCAAUGAGAUUUCCUAUGAUUUCAUGAAUGGAUUGGGAGAGAUACUUUGUAUUUAACAUUCCUUUCCAGUCUGUUUCUGAGCAAGUAACCUCAUGUUUCUAUGUAAAUAUUUAAGUAAAGUGACAAAGCAUCUUAAGUCCAGUUUGGUAACACUAGGAACAGCUAAGGUGUAGUUCAGUCCAAACAGGAAGAAAACAUUUAAUUACUCUGUUAUAAUUAUAUUACCAACUUGCUGGUUUUUGAUUUUUAUUAUUUUUGAGUUCUUGUAAAUUUGUUCACAAUGGCAUCAUUUAUAAUUGGAGGUAUUUCUGUUUGUUGUACAAAAUAGUUCUUGUUUUAUAGUGUUUUUAUCUAAAGUAAUUUUCCAUUGCUUGUACACGCAGCAUGCUCUUUAGAUGCUAAUUUUCAUGUAAAGUGGUUUUGUUUAUACUUUUUUAUAAGCCGCAGUAUUUUAGAAUUUCAGCAUUAUCAUCAGUGAGCACUGUAUUAGCCUUAAUUUUCCUUGUAGAUGUUUUGAAGGUUGUGUUUGAAAUACAGUUAUGGAUUGCCAAGUCUUGUUAGAGUAGGAGGAUCACAUUAACAUGACAUUCCAGUCUAAUCAGUGACACUUAAAAGAAACCUCUCACCCAUGUGACAUAUUCAUAUUAAUUGGGUAACUGAGAAAAGAAACAACUAUGUUAUUUUGGUGAUAUUAUCUGUUCCUUAAUUGGGUUGGAAAUAUACACGUCAGCUUAACUGCCAUUGCUGAAAAAAAAUCAAGAUUAUUAUCCCUAAUCAAACACUUUUGGUCAGUCCUGUCCCAUGAUAUUUUCUCAGUUUGGAAACUAAUCAAGUGGAAGGUGGCUAUUAAUUAAAAACAAGAAUUUUCCACUGAACUCUUUGUUUUCACUUGAGGAAAUCUCAGUGAAGUGUAGUGGACAAAACUACUGAAGCAAGGACCCUUGAAAAUAUAUGUCAAGUUUAUGAUAUAUUGAAAAUCUUUAGUCAUUGUAUGCAGUUCUGUUUUGAAAGUCUUGGACUGAACUUUAGGAACCUGUUAAUCAUAGAAAAGAAAGAUUUUCUACAAAUCAACUAAAUUGUUUGAAACAAAAAUGAAAAUUACCUGUAAAAGAACAAUCACAGUUUUCUUUGAAUGUCAUCUCACAGAAACUUAGCCACAGUUCUAUCUGAUAUUAUAUUAUUAUCUUUUAUUAUGGCCAAACAUCAAAGAAUUAUCUGUGCCACUUUGGCCUUGGUAAUGGUGCAAUUAUAUUGCCAUUUUCAUAAAAGCUGACAGGCGUGCGUGCUUGUGGGACUGACAUCAGAUGGAUUUUAAUAAUAUUUGCUUGUAAUUAGGAAGUUGUUAAGCAUUACUUGUUAUACGAUUUUUUAUUUGUUAUUACCCCAGUAUUUGUAAACAUAAAUGUAUCUCCAAAACAAUUCUUAAAUUACUUUAAGCCUGAAUUGGCCAAGGGCAAGGGCACCAGUAAAAAGGAAACACAUGUACCUGUGAGAUAAUGACAUGAUGGAAGUUAACAAUCAUGGUAGGAGCCACCUCUGCUGGUUGCUUUGAUUCUUAUUUGCUAAGUACUAAGACAAUCAUUCAGAACUGCUCUGACUGCCCGUUAUGAAGCCCCAUGGACAAGAAGUAAAAUUGUUAAAUACAACUGAUAUUUCUUAUUCAGGGAAGUAGGACUCAAAACAGGACACCAUUUUAUAAAGGGGGGAGGGGAUUUAAAAAGAUGUGACAAUGAAAGAGCUUGUAAAUAGAAAAAUCACAGGAGUCAGCUUCAAAUAAUCAUGAGUUUCAGUUUCUCUUGAAAUAAUUUGCUGCAAUUUUUCUCGGAUAUAUUAGAACACAUGCUCAUUUAGAAAUGAAAGGAGGCAUACAUGCUCUGGCUAUGUACUGACCUGUAAAAUGAAUGAUACUGGUAGCAAUCAAAGGGCACAUUGAGUCAUUGAAACCUUUUUUCAGUACAUAAGUAAUUACCUUUUGAAUUAUUUUGCCAUUCAUUUUAUGUAUCUUAUGUAAUGUGUACAAUUUCUUUCCAACAAAUUUCAAAAUUAUACCUCCCCCAUAUACUGAAAAUGAUAUUAGUUGUGUGUUGUACAACAUACCUGUGUUUUUGUAAAGUACUGCCAGUGUUGACAAGGUCUGUGUACCACAGCCUGUCUUCCCCAUCUGUUAGUGGCUUGCUUAACUGUACUCAAAGCAUGAUACCUCAUUAUUGCAUAUAUCAUUAUAGUUACAAUGAUAGUCGUUUUAGCACUGAUUUCAUUUCUGCCCUGCCAAAGGCCUUUCAUCUAAGAAGCUGGUCUUUAGUGGAUUUAAUCAUGAUAGGUGAACUAAGUGAUAUAUAAUGAGAUGAACUAAGUGAUACUUAUGGAUUGUUGGGAGUUUUGUUGUAAAGAAGAAGGGCAUAAGAGAAAAAUCGUGCAAUUGUUAAAGUGACUAAAGGUGUUGGUCUUGUGCAGAUGCAGCAGGCCAUUGCAUAGUGUUUGUUGUCUGUACUGAAAGCCAUGUUUAUCAUACUUCUUGUUAUGUUGUUUGUUAUUGUUAUAUUUAUAGAACAGCAGCUUUUUUAUAGUUGGACUUCUCUUACAUUGUUUUAUUGUAAACUUGCUAUUAUAAUGUGUCAAUGAACAGUACCUUUUACAAAAACACAAAAAAAGAUUUGUAAUUUACAGAUGAUGAAGUGUUGCUUUACCUCAAUUUUAGGCUUGGAACAAGCAUUUAGUGUGUAGUAUGUAGCACGAUUGAUUUUGAGUACUUGUGAUUGUAUAUAACUGCAUUUUAAUGUAUUAUGCCCAGUUAAUCCAUUUGAAGUGGCAGUGUGUAACUUAAUUUUAUAUUUGCAUGUAAUGCUUUAUGUUUUCACUGCCAUAACUAGGGAGUCCCCAUCCCAGCGAUAUACACUGUCAGCUGAGGGCUUAUCCCAUUACCUUAUCAUAUAUCCCACAUGGAUACUAAAAAUGUCAAAACAUUUAUUAAUGAGAUGCAAUUUUUGAAUUUUCUGCUCAGUUUGACUGGCAGCAGGAUUGGUAUAAUGUUGCACUUUUAAAUUUGAUCAUUUUUCAGCGCAAUCAUCAUAAACCUCAAUUCUUGCAGUCUUUCUCAUCACAUUGCAUGUUAUCUGUACAGUAAGUGCACCAUCAUGUGCAUACUGGACUAUUAAAAUUGUAGACAAUGGAUGGAAUUAUAGCGAUAUUGGUGGGUGGUACUAUUGCAGUGAUGUUAUUUUUAUAGACAAAAGACUAUACAAACGGUUGUACUAUUUGUGACUAUUGCACAUUUGCUUGUUAUGCCACUGCACUGUUUAGGUGCUCAGUGGUUGCUGUAAUAGUUGCUCUCUGAAAUUAUACAAUAAAUAAAGAGGCAGUU